GUUUCACUCUUUACUGACCUAGUUAUGUGAAGACACAGUCAUAGGAAAAUACCUGUGAGAGAAGUAGGUUCCAUAGUACCAUUGACACUAUGUACUGGAGCGUCAGAGUUUAAGAUUCCCUGAUUUCCAAACAUAACAGACGGAGAUCGUGCUGUGACCAGAACCAGAGUUCAAAGUGCACGACAUGUCAUACGAGUGAACUGCUGAGAGAACGGGCGAUUAUCAGGCUAAAGUACUCACUUGAUGAAUGCAAACUGAAAUUGUUUUUAGAACUCAACGGACGCCUUUUGUCAACAUGAUUUUAAUGAUUAUCCGCUCUGGUAUAUUCUGGGUUCAGGAUAGCUUCAAGUGGACACUGAACUUAAUGAAGUACAUGGUUCUAAGAGGUGCAAUUCUGUUGUUUGCUGUUUUAUGCCUUUUAUGGCUGUCAGUGUUUUUAUACGCCAGUUUCUAUUAUACCUACAUGCCAGCCGAAUCUCAUGUGAAACCAGUGCAUUUUUCAUUCAGAGUGUGUGAAAAUGGAGAGGGGUUAUGUUCAUUUCCAUCAGCAAAUGUGUCAUUAGUGAAAGACAAUAAAGAUGAAAUUUUAGCAAAAGGACAGGUUUAUAGGAUAAUGCUGGAAUUGGAUUUACCAGAAUCUCCAACAAAUCAGUAUUUAGGCAUGUUUAUGGUGUCUGUCCAGAUGUAUGACAAGAACAGAGAAAUUCUCCAGACCUCAUCACGAGCUGCUAUACUGAGGUACCGCUCAGCACUGUUAGAGACAAUGAACACAUUUGUCUUCUCUCCCAUGUUCCUGUCUGGGUUGACAGAACAGAAGCAAAUCCUGCCAAUAGAACUCUUCCCACAAUAUGUGGACAACCCAUAUAAACCAAGUGUUGGGGCCCUGAUUGAAAUACAGAACCAGAAAAUACAGUUUUAUUCAGCAUCUCUAAGGAUUUAUGCCAACUUUACAGGGCUAAGAUACCUGAUGUUUAACUGGCCCGUGUCAUGUGCAGUUUUUGGGAUCGGAACGAAUAUGUUCUUCCUGUCAGCCAUUGCUCUACUGUCAUGGUAUCACUUCUUUUGUAGUGACACCUCAAAGUUAGACUUUGGGGAGAGGUUAGAAUUCAGGGAAAAUAUGUCGCUGGAGGAAAGACGGAAGAAAAUACGAGCAGUGUUAGAAAAGGAGAAGCGAGAGCAAGAGAAACUUCCCAUUCCAUCGAAAGUUGGGAAAGCUGGUUCUUCUAGAAGUGAUCUGGGUCAUCCAAGCAGAACGAGACAGUCUGCAGAAACUUUAGGAGCAGAGUCCUCUUCAGGAGGAUCAGGGGAGACAACUGUGUCUAAGGGGAUAGUUUUAGAAGACGAAGAGACUGUUAUACUGUCAGAUAAAGGGGAUUCUAAUGAGCCAUCAGGGGACACCAGUCUUCGUCAUCGCCAUCACCAGAAUGAUCAGUGAGGAAAAGUGGAAUGUGUGUCAGAUGUUUAUAGGGUUGUGAAGUUUUAGAACAAAGGAAAGAGAGACUUUGACAGGAUGUGAUUGGAAGUACUGUAUGUGUUUUAAGACAAUGAUCUGCCAGACCAAUUUUUUUGUUGAGUGCUCUGGCCAAAACAUUACUGUUUGAUGUCCUAUUGCACAUUCAGUGUGAAUGUGCAAUGACACUGAUUACCAGAAAAGCUUGAGAAUCAAAGUGUGACCUGGAAUUCUCAACAUAUUUUAGUGUCCUGACGUUGAUCAAUCAUUCAUGAAAAGUGUAUCAAGAUGUUUGUGCAAAUACAUGUAGGAAUAUUUUAUUGACAAAACUAUUUGAAUAUGCAGAAUCAUUUGCUGGCACAAAAAGUUUUCAUGAAACUUAUUCUUAGCGUGAUUAGAUAAAAGUUAAUUAAAUCAGUCCUACUGAGGUAUGAAUACCUUUUGUGGUGCUUCUCCCUUAUUUUAACGUUGCAUUUUCAAGACAAGUCAUGAAUGUCAUCCUCCUAGAGAAACCCAUGAAGUCAAAGUGUUUGAUGUAAGCGGCUUACUUGUGUGCCCUGUUGAUGCCAUGUGCUGACGAGACGAGCAGCCAGCCAACCUUGGUAUAUGAAGGAAUUGUUUACCAAGUCAUGUGUAUACCUGUAAUAUUUUGACAGAAUGGGUCAGUACCCUAAUUCUUCGAAAAUUUUGGACAGAUAUUAGUAGUGUUGAAAGUUGAAUAAUACAUAUCUUGACCAGCCUUUUGGAAAUGUAUUGAGUAUAUUGUUCAUUAGAUGGUCUAACCAUAUGAGAAAAAAGAAACAUCAUGGCGUGGCCUGUGUUACAAAGCUGCUGGAACUAUAAAUGAGGAUGGUGAACUUCAACCUACAGUGUUUGCUGAUAAAUACCUCUCAAAUAUUCAGCGUUGAUAAAUCAGUUAAUAAACUGCAUUACCUUAGUAAUAAAUAUAUAUUACCGUGUUCACUGUUGCCAAACAUCAUGUAGAUAUACAUACAUGUAAUUAUGUAGCUCAGGUUUUUUUUCUUCAUUUAAUGAGGAAUGUUUGCAUCUGAUACUUCUGUCGGCUUAGACUGAUGUUCCAGUGUGUGUGUUAUGCAUCACAGCAUGUGGUACAGCAUGGCAGUGAUGGUGCUCCACACUGGAAUACUCCAAUGUGUAUUAUGUACCACAGUUCAUGUUGUCAGCACAUGUAGUACAACAUAGCAAUGAUGGUGCUCCACAGUGGAAUACUCCAAUGUGUGUGUUAUGCACCACAGUUUAUGUUAAAACGUGUGUAGUACAUCAUAGCAAUGGUGGUGCUCCACUCUAGAAUACUCCAGUGUGUGUGUUCCGCACCACAGUUUAUCUUGUCAUCACGUGUGGUACAACAUAGCAUAGCUCCACACUGGAAUGUUCCAAUAAAUGUAUGUGUGUUAUGCACCACAGCACACAUAUUGUCAUUAUAUGUAUGGUACAGUGUAGUGGUUAUGGUGCACUAAUUCAGAUGGUGGUGUUCCAGACAGACCUCUUUUCCAUCACAGCAGAGGUGUGAAUGAUCCAAUGGGUCUUAUACACAGAUAUAUUUUCUCUUCAAGUUCACAAUUUUUAGUCAGACAUCAACAUAAAUGUUAACUUAAAUUUGUCUCUUAAAAUGGAUCGUAAUGGUCCUGUAAAUUUUUUGCUAGUCACUUGUCUAUAUGUUUUGUGGUUAUAUGUAAGCUGCAGAACAUUACAUUGCAAUACCCAGCAUUGUCAAGCUUCUAGGCAAAAGCUGAAUAAUUGGUACACAGGCAACUUGAUUCAUUGCUGUGUAGUAUUUUAUAUAGCCUUCUGCUUUUGUCAAGCAUCUCAGGCUAGAUAUUUAGCCAAGAUACACAAAUACAUGAAUUUACAUGUACUGUCAUCGAAGUUGCCAGAGUUCUUGUAUUUAAAUUAGACGAGGUUCACUUAUGCUUUGGCUACACAUUGUACUUUAGUUUUUAUUACAAACAGUCCAGUGUGUUGUGAUAUUUUGUGUGAUAUCUAUUGUUGCGUAACCAUCAUUACUACUUAUAUGUACUUACAUUUCUUUGACACUUGUCAAAUCUGAGUUGUGAUGGAUUUAUUUGUAUAUGUAAUGCUGCUUUGUUUCUUCUUUGUUUUUAACGCUAUGUUGUAUUUAUGUUUUUACUUUUUGAUUUCUACUUAAGUUUUGGCCAAAGUUCAUGGGUUCAAUUUAAGAAAUUUUAUCUCAUCUAAUCCGUCAUGUGUAUUGAACCAUGUAAAGCCCAAAGACAUGACUGGUUACUUAUUAACAAAAUUCUCCCCAUGAUCUUCAGCCUUUUUGUAGAUACAUGUACGUGUACAAUUAUUUUCUGAUUGGAAAGCUGCAAGGAAUUUUCUUCACCUGUACAAAUUUGGGGCCAACAGUGUCUCUUGUUAUCUCUGUAAGCAACUGCUGAUGUAGGCCCAACCAUAAAAUAGGUCACUGAUAAUUACAGGUGUACCUGCGUUGUAAAAAAUGCUAUAGUACAGCGUGCAGGUAAAAUCAUCUUCAUGAGUGGUAGUGAUGUGUAUGUGUGGUAGAUAGUAGUGAAUGUUGGUGAGAGUUAACUUAUACUGACAUUGUUCAAAUGCUCCAGGCAGUUUUAUUCUGUAUCCAGCCUAUUAUAAGCAUAAAAGUGUACAUGCACUCUGUGGUUGUUAACAAAUUCACAUAUUUUGUUAUUGUGCAAUGGUUCUAUUGGUGAACAGAGUUUUGUAUAAAUUGAUGUGUGAUAUUUCUAUGUGUCCUGGACUGCCUAUGUCAGGUCUGAUAUAGGGUGAUGUAUAGCACCCCCAGGUACAGGUAUGAACAAUAUUGCGGGGUACUUCCUGAAUUAAGUAAACACAUGGAUUUGGUAUAUGUGUGUGGCCGGUGUUUUAGUGGUGUUAACAUUAAUGCCUUUCAGGAAUUCUCCAUAAACCUGACAACAGGGUUGUGUUCUGAAACAGAAUUUCUAUGUAAACUCGAUGUCUACUGAGGACACUGGUCUCCUCCAUUUGGUUUUUUUUCUCAAAAGUCAAAUACAAUUCAGAAUUUUGCGUGAAAAUGCUAAAAGAAACAGCAGUUCUGAAUAGAGACUUUAGAGUAUUUACAUACUAGUUGAUUGGUGUAAAUUUCAAAGUAAUGUAAUUGGAUUUUGUGACCAUCACAAGAUUGUGUGUCUUGUGACCAGGAUCGCGCCUCAUCACAUUUCCAUCCUGGCAGUUACGCUUAUCGUAAGCUAGUGUCUUCAGUAGCAGGUAACCUUCAUAUACGUAGGUGACUGCUCAUGGCAGCGUGAUGAAACUAGCUGAUGACACUUCAUCAUGGUGCCAUUCAAGUCCUGGC